UUAAAAGUGCAAAAACUGCAGUAUUCAAGCACAAUUCUAUGGAAAUAUUUGUCUCCAAACCAAAAAAGAAAAUUUACUUAGUUUCUACACAUUACUUGAACAGAAACAAGAUUUAAUUUAAGAAUCUUUGAAGCCACCUUGUUUUUUUGGCAAGAGGAGAAAAAACACUAAUUCACUUAGAAAAUGGGAUUCAAAUAUCUGGUGAUUUUAGUGUCAUUACAAACUGUUUUAUGCAGCAGAAUGGUGGAAACUACCCUUCCCAAAAACCAUGCAGUUUUGAGCAUUCAGAGUGAAGAUGGAGAUAUCAUUGAUUGCAUAGAUAUCUACAAGCAGCCAGCUUUUGAUCAUCCAGCAUUAAGGGAUCACAAAAUCCAGAUGAGCCCGAGCCAGAGCCAGAGCCCGAGCCACCACGUAGAGAUGCAGCCGGACGCGAGCAGAGGCUCUCCUAAAACUGUGACAACACAAAUAUGGCAUAAAAACGGGAGCUGCCCGAAGGGGACAAUCCCCGUUAGAAGAGCAGAGGGGAAGCAUCUUCCCAACUACGGGAGGAAAAGGGCCGUGUUUUCUCACCACAGCUCGCAGGCUAAUGACAGCAACGGGCAGCAUUGGCUGCGCCAUAACUACUCAUUGGCAAUACUGCAUACAGAAGGGUAUGCCUACAUAGGAGGUAAGGCAGAUAUAAAGGUUUUCACCCCAUAUGUGGAGCUGGAUGAUGAGUAUUCGACAUCAAGGGUGGCGCUCAAGACCGGCCCUUACUACGACUUUGAGGCCAUGGAGUCGGGAUGGCAAGUGAAUCCAACUGUGUAUGGAGACAGGCAGACGCGGCUGUUCGUUUAUUGGACAACUGAUGCAGCCAAGGAAACAGGCUGCUUCGACCUGACCUGCCCCGGAUUCGUCCAAACGAGCAACGAGAUAGCCCUUGGUGCAGCAAUAUAUCCCAUUUCAGAUCCCAAUGGACUCCCAUAUCAAAUAGUCAUCUUCAUUUACAAAGAUCCGUACACGGGCAACUGGUGGGUGGAGUACGGGGAGCAGAUCAACAUCGGUUACUGGCCGCCUGAAGUGUUUGCAAGGCUGAGAGUUCAUGCUGAGACUGUCCAAUGGGGUGGUGAGGUGCACAGCUCGAGAGUCGGGGUGAGCCCACACACGGCGACUGCCAUGGGCAGCGGGCAGUAUCCCGUCUUCAUGGCUCAUAACUGUGGGGAAGUGAAUAGGAUGAGAGUGCUGAUAGGCAAUGUUUUGAAGUUUCCAGAUUGGGCAUUUGAGUAUGCUGAUGAGUAUAGAUGCUAUGAUGUUUAUUACAUCCAUGAUUAUGUUUUUGAUCCUGAGUUUUACUAUGGAGGGCCAGGUAAAUCUUAUGGCUGCCCUUGAAUAUAUAUAUAUAAUCUCAAAAAUUUGACAGAUUU